AUGAGAUAUGAAGCAUAUCGAAUGGCUGGAAAUGAUGAGUUGUGUGCGAUUGCGUAUAGGAGAUUGAUUGCGGCUAUUGAUUGGGUGGAGAGCUUAUCGCCAUUGUUGGGACACUUAACGGUGGAUGAUAAGAUAGCACUCAUCAAAUCCUCCUUCGCUCCCCUUAUGGUCUUCAACUUCUGCGCCAGGACCGCUGAAGCCUGCCAAGACGAAAACGUGUUAUGCCUCUGUAAUUUUGCAUAUGUACCGAGAAAUAUCUCUAAACUAUAUAAAGACACAUAUCAUCUUGGAAACGGGCUUGUCGAACGGGCGCUCAAUGAACUCGUAGCGGUUUACAGGGAGUAUGGAAUGAGAGAAGAGGAAAUAGUCUGUGUGAAUGCAAUGAUUUGUUUGAAUCCCCUGGCGAAGGAUGUGUCGGAUUCACUUUUUGAGAAGAUAGUGGAGUUGAGAAAUCGAAUAGCGGAUUGCUUGUUUUCAAUUGUCAAGGAAGUUAGGUUAAGCCCCACACCGAAUGUUUGCUAUGGUCAUAUUCUGUUGUCAUUGGCUACUGUUACGGAGCUAGCCAACGCGAUGAGCGAGAAUCUCCAAUUCGCUCAAACCUUUUCGAAUCAAGGUGAAAUUCCUCUGUUGACUGAUCUGUUUGGAUGCUUCACUGUUGAACCAUUCUUCAAGGAAGUCGAUGAGUUGGCAGCGUUGAGUCUGGAAAAGGCGUUGACUGAGAAGCAAGAAAUUAGUACGCAGACUGAUCGGGUACCACCCCCGAGGGCUUUGCUGAAACGGCAAGCAACAAUAGACGAAGAGAGUGAAGAACCUGCUCGACAGAACUUCCGACUUUUACAACCACCGAACAAUUUCUAUAUUACGGAAAUGUUGGAUGAUUUGAGAGCACCCUCCUCCUCAAUUUCCCUCUCCUCACCAGAUGAAUACCAUCCCACCAGCACUGCACCAAUGAACAAUCACGCCGAGAAUCAUCUGAUGGGACUGAAUUAUGACGCCUCUACGAUACAGAAUGGUGUGAGCAGUAAUGGAGUUGCUCAUCCUCCUACUGUACCAACAGUACCACCGGUCGCUGCAAGACCAGUCUAUGAUCAGCAACCAUCGUGCUCCAAUCAGAAUCCGUCUACAUUUUAUAAUUUCCCCCCUCCACCCGGUUACCCACCUCUUAACGCUGGUUAUACUCCAAAUAUCAACUAUCCUCAACUCUAUCAACAACCCCAAUAUUACAAUUUUCCCGCUCAAAAUGUCUGCGGAGCCGAAAAAGCCGCCCACCACUAUGGUGCUCUCAGCUGUGUCGGAUGUAAAGGAUUUUUCCGUCGAGCACUUCUCAAGGCGGAUCAGUUGGAAUGUGCGGCGAAUGGAGAGUGUACAGUUAGUGUUUUGCAAAAAAUCCAAUGUAGGAGUUGUCGAUUCAACAAGUGCCUUCGAGAAGGGAUGAAUCCUGCUUUUGUCCGCCCAAACCGAGACGCUCCUCCAAAACCACGAAAACCCGCAACUACCGUAGCCUCAUGUGACCUAACUGAUCAUGGCAGGACCACAAAAACACGUGAGGAAUGGAUGAAGAAGAUGACAGUUGAGAUGAGAACUAUACUCAUGACUUUGUUGAAUAUUGAGACAAAAGUAAUGAAAGGAGACACUCAGCAGGAGGCAUCGAAGUUAUAUCCACUCAAAGGGAUUGAUAAAUUGAGGGAUAUUGUGGAGACACCGAUUAGUUUGAAGGGGAAACGAACGGAAAUGAGAUAUGAAGCAUAUCGAAUGGCUGGAAAUGAUGAGUUGUGUGCGAUUGCGUAUAGGAGAUUGAUUGCGGCUAUCGAUUGGGUGGAGAGCUUGUCACCGUUGUUGGGGCACUUAACGGUGGAUGAUAAGAUAGCACUCAUCAAAUCUUCCUUCGCUCCCCUAAUGGUCUUCAACUUCUGCGCCAGGACCGCUGAAGCCUGCCAAGACGAAAACGUGUUAUGCCUCUGUAAUUUUGCAUAUGUACCGAGAAAUAUCUCUAAACUAUAUGAAGAUACAUACCAUCUUGGAAACGGGCUUGUCGAACGGGCGCUCAAUGAACUCGUAGCGGUUUACAGGGAGUAUGGAAUGAGAGAAGAGGAAAUAGUCUGUGUGAAUGCAAUGAUUUGUUUGAAUCCCCUGGCGAAGGAUGUGUCGGAUUCACUUUUUGAGAAAAUAGUGGAGUUGAGAAAUCGAAUAGCGGAUUGCUUGUUUUCAAUUGUCAAGGAAGUUAGGUUAAGCCCCACACCGAAUGUUUGCUAUGGGCAUAUUCUGUUGUCAUUGGCAACUGUUACGGAACUAGCCAACGCGAUGAGCGAGAAUCUCCAAUUCGCUCAAACAUUUUCGAAUCAAGGUGAAAUUCCUCUGUUGACUGAUCUGUUCGGAUGCUUCACGGUUGAACCAUUCUUCAAGGAAGUCGAUGAGUUGGCAGCGUUGAGUCUGGAAAAGGCGUUGACUGAAAAGAAGGAAAUUAGUACCCAGACUGAUCGAGUUCCACCUCCGAGGGCUUUGUUGAAACGGCAAGCAACAAUAGACGAGGAGAGUGAAGAACCUGCCCGACAGAACUUCCGACUUUUACAACCACCGAACAAUUUCUAUAUUACGGAAAUGUUGGAUGAUUUGAGAUUUCAUUUAACCGAGAAAUCGAAUAGCGGAUUGCGUGAUUUCAAUUUUCAAGAAAGUUUUGUUAAGCCCAACACCUAA